AUGCCCGAAAUAGGUUCAUGUACUGAUAUAACAUGUGAUGAUGAACUUAAACAAUUAUAUGAAUGUCAUUGUUGUUUACAUCCUGUUUGUUUAUAUCAUUUGAAUGAACAUGUUCAAAUAACAAAACAAAAUAAACAACAAACAGAUGGUCUUCGUAAGGAAUUAAAUACAAUUGUAAAUACAUUACAAUUAAUUGUUGAAGAAAAAUUAUCAACUAUUGAACUUGAACAAAAUUUAAUUGAACAAGCAAAAAAAAUUCUUGAUAUAUCUAAUAGUUCAAUGGAUGAAUUAGAAAAUGUUUUCGAAAAAAUUAAUCAAACAAUAACAUUAAAUCGUUCAGAAAACAUGGUGAAAAUCGAACCAUCAUUAUCAGAGACUACAUAUCGUUCUUCUAUUUGUAAAUCCAAUAAAGAAAACAUCAAUCCAAAGGAUGUAGUAGAAGAAUCGGAAAUUUCAAAAGAUAACGAAUAUUCAACGGAUAUUACUCAUGAUUUUGUUGAUAUUAUUACACUUGAUGAAACAGAUGAAUCUAUUCAGGAUGAGCAUGUAAAUGAAGAACCAAAAAAACGUAAACUAAAAUCAUACACAAGUAUUUAUGAUAAAUGUCCAUUAACAUUUGAUGGAGCAUAUGGUCUUACUAAUGCAAAUCAUUCUAUUGAAUUUUGUAAGCAUGGAAAAACUCGUCGAAUGCAAUUAUACUUCCACCUCUUGCACAAACAUCAAUUAAAAAAAGUUUAUAUUCAACGUUUGAUACAAGCUAUUGCCGAAAAUAAAGAUCCUAGAAUAACAAAAUUAUUUGAUAAAAAUGAAGAUGUAAUUGAUCAUUUUUAUAAAAUUUCAUGCCCUUUUUUUCAUGGACGAGUUAAUUCAUUAAAAUAUAGUGGACAAAAUGUAACCAUUUCACCUUGUCAACGUCCUUUUAUUGUAUUUCAUAAAUUAGCAUAUCAUUUACAACAUGGUCAUAAGAUUUCUAAAGAAUUGGCACAAAAAUUAGUUGAAGAUUUAAAAAAAAAUCGAACAAAAUAUGAUAUGGCUUUGGCUCCUUUAAUUUCAUCAACAUGA